CACGCACACACAAAAUACUCUCUCGUAUAUCGAUUUCUCCAUAGCUCUCCGACUUUUUCCUUCGUUCCCCCACAGUUCCUCUUCCUCUUACCUUUCCUUACCCUUCAGCCCCGCGAGCGACAUAUACUGAAAGAUCAUAUCUGAAUUUCCCUGCUUAAUAAGCUUCUUUUUGCUUAUCUUGUUAUUGAGAAAGUCAACGCAAAUACACACACAUACACACAUAUAUAUAUGGGGAGGCAUCCUUGUUGUUAUAAGCAGAAACUGAGGAAGGGCCUUUGGUCUCCUGAAGAAGAUGAGAAGCUUCUCAAUCAUAUUGCAAAAUAUGGACAUGGCUCUUGGAGCUCUGUCCCUAAACUUGCAGGUUUACGAAGAUGUGGAAAGAGCUGUAGACUAAGGUGGAUAAACUACUUGAGACCGGACUUGAAGAGAGGAGCUUUCUCUCAAGAAGAACAGAACUUGAUCAUUCACCUCCAUGCCUUGCUUGGGAAUAGGUGGUCUCAGAUAGCGAGUAGAUUGCCGGGAAGAACGGACAACGAGAUCAAGAACUUCUGGAACUCCUGUCUUAAGAAGAAGCUAAGGCAAAAUAAGGGCACUGACCAAAUUGUUAAUAAACCGCUAAACGAGCUUCAAUGUGAUGUCUCCACCGAUCAACGGAAGCAGACAUCGCCAGAAUCCAGACCAUCUUCAUUAUCCAGUCAACCGAAUCUCGUAGACACCUCGGUAAAGUCAACAUUCUCGAUGAACCCACAUGAAAACUCGACGGUCUCACACUCUGGUCUACGGUGGUUUUCAACGAUGAUGGCUCCAAACCCAUUUUUUGGCUUUGGUUCAAGUUCAAGCUCAAGCCCUUCUUCCAUGGCGAUUCCGAACUUCAGUGUUCCAAACAACUGGGAACUGAACUCUACUUCUGUUCAAUCGCAGAGAAACGGGAGCAUCAGUAGCUUCUUUGGUAACACAGUGACAAAGAUGAGUCCGGUGGAAGACAUGAACUGGGCGGCAGAGUUUCUCCAUUACACAACACAAAACCAAAGCUCACAAGACGUUUUCAUGGCGGAAGUGAAACCAGACAUAUAACAUCACAAAUCGUCAUGGUUCAAGAACCCAGUAUAACUGGACAAGAAACCAACAUCAAGAAGCUGCACCGCAGGGUUCUGCUGAUGACGUGUACGGUAAAGAUCUACAGAGACUUACGAUGGCGUUUGAUCAAGCGGCUUAGAUCGAGUUUGAUGUUAAUAUGCGUAGAGUCUAUAAUCAAAGGUAAGCUUUCUUCGUUUCAUUCCCAUCCGUACGGGUUUACUGUAAAUAUGUAAGCUUUCUUCGUUUCAUUCCCAUCCGUACGGGUAUUUUCAGGUGUGAAAGUUUUUGCUUUUGAUUUGCUAUAUAUGAAUUCGUUCUUUAUUAUUA